AGGAAUGACUCCACUGGGAUAAAGAGCUCUAGGGGAAGAAAAUGCUGAGGAGAAUCGCCGCUCGCGGUGGCUCGCUGCUUCGAUCGAGGGCGGCGUUGGCGCCGCCAGCGCCAGCUCCAUCGUCCUCUAUACACGCCCAGAUCGAUGCCGGGCGGGGAUGGGGAUUGCUGUGGCGGCGAUGGAUGUCCGCCCCUGCGCAAGACGGCAUCAGCGAGAAGGAGGCGCUGGACAGGGUGAUGAUGAUCGUCAAGGCGCACCCCAAAGUGAAUCCAGCCAAACUCACUCAAUCCAGCCAUUUCAUGAACGACCUGGGCCUGGAUAGCUUGGAUGUGGUGGAGAUUGUGAUGGGUUUCGAGGAGGAAUUCGUGCUCUACAUCCCCGACGAAGUUGCUGAUAAGCUCGUCUCGGUUCCAGCAGCGGUGGAUUUCGUUGCCAAGCAUCCAAAAGCCAAGUAAGAACACCACCUCCACGAAAUAAAUGGGGGAAGCUAGAAGAAACCGAACUUUUAGAUCUGAUAGAUGGUGCUGAAAAACCAGGCUUUGGAUUUUAUUUUGUGGCUGCUGUCCACGAACUUGGGAAGUUGAUCACAUCUCUCACAUGAAAGUUCGAAACGUUUGAGAGCUUGAAA